AUGAGCACAGCUGUACUAUCCAGACAGAAAAUGCCAUUCUUGCCGGACAUCAAGAGUUCCGAAGAGCGCUCGUCCACUCCGGAGGGGAAAAGUCCGAAAUCCAGAUAUCGCAACCCUUUGCGCCAUAAUGUCUACGUGACCAUGCUCCGUCAGGGCUUUCAUCGCUCCUUUGCUGACCUGUACUCACUCAUGAAAUUCUGGAAUGAAACAAGACAAGCGGCCGGCCCGGACAGCGCGCUCUGGAAGGCUCGCUCGGUGGAGGAGCAGCCGUACAAACUGGAAACCCUGCAACUGUUCCUUACUCGCGCAGAGGCUGCCAGCAGGGCCGGUGAUCAUGGGUCAGUGUAUGAGAGUCAGUUGGCCUUGGCAAGGUUCUUCUCACAUCCUGAAGAUAAAUGGCUAAGUCAUCAUUUCUACCAAAUGAGCCUGGUGUCUGCUCGCAAAAUCAAGAUAGAUGGGGGAAAGAAGGAGGCUGAGGCUAAUGCACACAUAGGCCAAGUCUAUCUGGAGCAGGGGCAGGUGGAGUUGGCAAAGGAGCACUAUGAAGCAUUUCGCCACUUGGCGGCAGGACGAACAUGGCAUGAUGGAGAGGGGCGCACACACUACUCCCGCUCAUGUGAGGGCCUCUGCAGAGUGUACACACUCCUUGCUGACAGGGCCCUCCAGAGCCAAGAGUACAAAACAGCCAUUCAGAUCCUUACCAAGGCCUACGAAAUGGCUAAAGAAGCGGGAGACAGGCAGAUAGAGGGAAACGCUGCAUACAGAGUUGGUCUGGCCUAUCAGAAAGCAGGUGACCAGCUGACAGCCAAACGGUUCCUUAACAUAUACAUGGAGAUCUCCAAGAUACUGAGUGAUGCAAAUAAUGUGGGGAAAGCCUACAAAGCCAUUGCUAAAUCUCUGGAGAGUGAGGAUAAACUGACUGAGACCAUCCAGUCCUUGGAGAAGUUUGCUGAGGUGUCGCAAAACAGUGACCAGCAGCAGAACCUGAUAGAGGCCUACAUGUCCCUUGGCAUGAGCUUCAACUCUAGAGGUCAGUAUGAUCAGAGUUGUCAGUAUUUCGAGCAGGCGUAUGAGACUGCAUGUGCCCUGGAAUCAGUACCUCUUCUGCACAAAGCCCAGGUGUGCUUGGCUAGCGCUCGAGCACACAGGAUGUUGCGGGCAUACAUCAUACAUGUAGAAGCCGGCGGGCGCCAGAGCGUUCAGAGGCUCAUCAGCUGGAAGGAGAGCCGACAGGAUACAUUCAACGAGCCCGCGCAUGAGUUGAGUAUGUUACAAAAGGGUCAGUUAGACAGUUACACACAGUAA